CCGAGGCCAGAGUGACGGACUGAGCGGACGGAGGGCGCUUGGCUGCGGGCUGUGCGCCGCGCGGGCUGCUGGGCCGCGCACCUUCCUGCUGCUCGGCCUCGGCGCCCUCGGACAUGGUGGCCCCCGGCUCGGUGGGCAGCCGGCUGGGCGCGGUGUUCCCGUUCCUGCUGGUCCUGGUGGACCUGCAGUACGAAGGCGCCGAAUGUGGAGUAAAUGCAGAUGUGGAGAAACAUCUUGAACUGGGAAAGAAGUUACUUGCAGCUGGACAGCUGGCUGACGCGUUAUCUCAGUUUCAUGCUGCCGUAGAUGGCGACCCUGACAACUAUGUUGCAUACUAUCGGAGAGCUACUGUCUUCUUAGCCAUGGGAAAGUCCAAAGCAGCAUUGCCCGAUUUAACGAGGGUGAUUGAACUGAAGAUGGAUUUCACUGCAGCACGAUUACAGAGAGGUCACUUACUACUUAAGCAAGGAAGACUUGAUGAAGCGGAAGACGAUUUUAAGAAAGUGCUCAAAUCUAAUCCAAAUGAACAUGAAGAGAAGGAGGCCCAGUCUCAGCUUGUGAAAUCUGAUGAGAUGCAGCGAUUACGUUCUCAAGCACUCGAUGCUUUUGAAAGUGCCGAUUACCCUGCUGCUAUAACCUUCCUUGAUAAGAUUUUAGAGGUUUGUGUUUGGGAUGCAGAAUUGCGUGAACUGCGAGCUGAGUGCUUCAUAAAGGAAGGGGAGCCUAGGAAGGCGAUCAGUGACUUAAAGGCUGCUUCAAAGCUGAAGAGUGACAACACAGAGGCGUUUUUCAAAAUCAGCACACUCUACUACCAACUUGGAGACCACGAGCUGUCCCUCAGUGAAGUUCGCGAAUGCCUGAAACUUGACCAGGACCACAAAAGGUGUUUUGCGCACUACAAGCAAGUAAAGAAACUUAAUAAGCUGAUUGAGUCAGCUGAGGAGCUGAUCAGAGAUGGCAGAUACACAGAUGCAACCAGCAAAUAUGAGUCUGUCAUGAAAACUGAGCCCAAUGUUGCUGAGUAUACAGUCCGCGCAAAAGAAAGGAUCUGUCACUGCUUCUCUAAGGAUGAGAAGCCUGUGGAAGCCAUUAGAAUAUGCUCUGAGGUUUUACAGCUGGAACCUGACAAUGUGAACGCACUGAAAGACCGAGCAGAGGCCUAUUUAAUAGAGGAAAUGUACGAUGAAGCCAUUCAGGAUUAUGAAGCUGCUCAGGAACACAACGAAAAUGAUCAGCAGAUUCGGGAAGGUUUAGAGAAAGCCCAGCGGUUACUGAAACAGUCACAGAAACGAGAUUAUUAUAAAAUCUUGGGAGUGAAAAGAAAUGCCAAAAAACAAGAAAUCAUUAAAGCAUACCGAAAAUUAGCACUUCAGUGGCAUCCAGAUAAUUUCCAGAAUGAAGAAGAAAAGAAAAAAGCGGAGAAAAAGUUCAUUGACAUAGCAGCUGCUAAAGAAGUCCUCUCGGACCCAGAAAUGAGAAAGAAGUUUGAUGAUGGGGAAGAUCCUCUUGAUGCAGAGAGUCAACAAGGAGGUGGUGGAAACCCCUUCCAUAGAAGCUGGAACUCAUGGCAAGGGUUCAAUCCCUUCAGCUCAGGCGGACCAUUUAGAUUUAAAUUCCACUUCAAUUAAACCAGCUAUUUUACUGCU